GCACAAAUAAAACACGUAACAGCAGAUUCAAGCCUACCGUUUGAAGUAAUUUUUCCGCCUCCUAAAUAGACAGUCAGCACCACCACCAAACCUCAACCGCCGCCGACACGAUCCCGCCGCGCCAGGACGGAAUCCAACCGCGCCGAGAAACCAGCCGGGCAUCCCGGAAAGCACCAAAUCAUCUUCAAUGAAGCGAAACCACCACGCCUCCUACAACUCGACGGAUCGGAAAUGGGUAAUGCCACUGACCGUGCUCGGAGUUCUCUGCUGCCUUUUUCUGAUAACUGUCCGCCGCGCCAAGUACCCGGCCGCGGGGAAGGCAGGUUUUACGCCGUCCACCUCCUCCGGUAAGUGGGAAUCCAGAUUCUCCGGCGGCGGUUUCGAGGACCCAUUGAAGCUGCCGAAGCUGCCCAGAUUCGCCUACUUGAUAUCCGGGACGAAAGGGGAAGUUCCGCAGGUGAAACGUCUACUUCAGGCGCUGUAUCACCCGAGGAAUUACUACUUGCUCCAUCUCGAUCUGGAAGCUUCCGACGCCGAGAGGCUUGAGCUGGCUAAGUAUGUGAAAUCGGAGAAUUCGGUGCUUCGAACGAUUGGGAAUGUGAUGGUGAUUGGGAAGGCGGAUUUGGUUACAUACAGAGGGCCAACGAUGAUCGCCAGUACGCUCCAUGGGAUUGCCGUUUUGUUGAAGCUGGCUGGGGAUUGGGAUUGGUUUGUCAAUCUCAGCUCCUCCGAUUACCCUUUAAUGCCUCAAGAUGAUAUCUUGCACAUCUUCUCUUAUUUGCCUAGAGAUCUGAAUUUUAUGGAGCACACAAGCAGCAUCGGUUGGAAAGAGUUCCAGCGAGCACGGCCUAUAAUCAUAGAUCCAGGCUUGUAUCAUUCGAAGAAAUCGGGUGUAUUUUCUGCCAAAGAGAAGAGAUCAAUGCCUGCUUCGUUCAAAUUAUUUACAGGUACCUACCUCUGUUCAGAAUGGGUUGUGCUAACGAGGGCAUUUCUAGAAUUCUGUGUUUGGGGAUGGGACAAUCUCCCCCGUACAGUCUUGAUGUACUACACGAACUUCCUGGCAUCCCAAGAGGGUUACUUCCAUACCGUGGUUUGUAACCACAAGGACUACCAGAACACCACAGUCAACCACGACCUGCAUUACAUAACAUGGGACAACCCUCCUAAGCAAAACCCGGUAUCUCUAACCACGGAGCACUUCCAGGACAUGGUGGCAAGUGGUGCACCUUUUGCCCGUCGGUUUGAGAAGGGCGAUCAUGUCUUGGACAGAAUCGAUGCUGAACUUUUGAAGAGAUCUGCAAAUGGUUUCACUCCUGGGAGUUGGUGUUUGGGGAAUCCUGGCCCUGGUAAAGAUCCUUGUGUUGUACAUGGGAGUUCGGAUGUUGUUAAACCGAGCAUAAGUUCUAAGCGGCUGGAGAAAUUAGUACUAAAACUUCUUGAUUCUGAAAGUUUCAGAUCCAAACAGUGUAUAUAAGUGUUGUAAUGUGGGUUAUUUCUUUUGUUCCAGCUUGAGUGAAAUCUAUAUAUGGCUAUUUCUUUGUUCAUUGAUAGUUAACGACUGUUUGACUUGGUGCUGAGGACAGCUAACAGAUAAAAGGAAAUUACUUUAGAGAAACUAGUCAUUCUAUUUUGUAGGGUUUAUCCACAGGAGGGAAUGUUUCUUUGUUCUCUAUCCUUUUUCCUCCUUAAGGAUAU